CAAUUCAUGUAUCAGUGCGGUCAGAAACGCAGGACACACUCAGUGUUCCGGACUCCUAUUUCAGUACUGUGUAUGUUUUAACAGAUCCAGGCUUCUUGGGUACAUAAUCUUCUAAUCUCUAUUACUUUCCCCACGCUGUUUGGAGAAACUAAGAGGAUAUCGAAUUUGCUGAUCCGUCUGCCCCUGCCCAGAGGAGGACAUGCGAGUGGGACUGUGGGUGUGUCACACAGCAGUGUCAGCGUCCACCCCUCGUCCAAACCUCCGUUUCUCGCCGUCUCUUCUCCCUGAGUCGGUCAUGAGUUAGACGUCCCACGGCCCAGUGUCAGGAGAGGCCCUCCCUCGCUGCUCCAUGAGCCAGCAGGAUGCUGCUGCGGUCCUUGCACUUUCGGAGCGCCUCCUCGUAGCCUCACACAAGGGCCAGGCUGACAAUGUGGUCCAGCUCAUCAACAAGGGGGCCAAAGUUGCUGUUACAAAGUAUGGCCGAACUCCCUUGCACCUGGCCGCCUACAAGGGCCACAUCGAGGUGGUGCGCAUUCUGCUGAAGGCUGGCUGUGAUUUGGACAUCGAGGACGAUGGCAAUCAGACAGCCUUACAACGAGCAGCUGUGGUGGGAAAUAGUGAUGUCAUUUCUGCUCUGGUUCAGGAAGGGUGUGCUUUGGACAGACAAGAUAAGGAUGGUAAUACUGCACUGCAUGAAGUGUCAUGGCAUGGGUUCAGUCAGUCUGUCAAAUUGCUGGUCAAAGCUGGAGCCAAUGUUCAUGCCAAGAACAAGGCAGGGAACACGGCUCUCCACCUGGCCUGUCAGAAUGGCCAUGCCCAGAGCUCCAAAGUGCUGCUGCUCGGAGGCUCCAGACCAGACAGCAGGAACAGUGUAGGGGACACGUGUCUGCAUGUUGCAGCGCGCUACAACCAUGUGUCCAUGAUCAGGAUCCUCCUGGGUGCAUUUUGCUCUGUGAAUGAGAAAAAUCAGGCAGGGGACACAGCGCUGCAUGUAGCAGCUGCGCUGAACCACAAGAAGACAGUGCGCCUGCUUCUGGAGGCGGGGACAGACAGCAGCCUUCGCAACAACGCAGGUGAGACUGCGUUGGAGCAGGCACGAGAACACAAUAACCCAGAAGUGGCUCUGCUACUUACCAAGGCCCCUCAGGUUCAGAGUUUCACUCGUGGCAGGAGCGUGAGGAAGCGUCGAGAUAAGCUAAAGGCCGAGCGGCGAGCACAGUCAGUCCCGCGGGAUGAAAUGCUGCCCAGUAAGGAAAGUGUAUCAGCAGCUGAUGACACACAUAGUAGUGACCAGGUGGUGCGCAAAUGCAGAGAGACAAAAAACAACCCUCCAGAGACUCCCGAAGCUGCCACGAGGAGGGGCAGGAACAAGAAGCUGAAAGAGAAGCCCUCCCUGUCGGAACCUCUGACCCGCCGUGAGAAUAAACGUGGUGAUCCUGCCCAGAAGAAGAGGGGCAAGGUGAGGGGCACCUCCCCCCAGGCUCCCCUGCCCCCACCUCAUAAUUACAAGGCCUACCAGCUGUACACCCUCUACCGCGGCAAGGAUGGCAAAAUCAUGCAGGCCCCUCUGAAUGGCUGCCGUUGUGAACCCCUCAUCAACAAGCUGGAGAACCAGCUGGAGGCCACCAAAGAGGAGAUGAAGUCAGAACUGCACACCAUGCAGGAGCGCAUGAACACCAAGAUGGGUCAGCUGGACCGCAAAAGCAAGCACCAGAUCCGAGCGUUGGAUAAGAUGACCACGGAGAGAGUAUCUGCGGAGAGAACUGAGUGUCUACAUCGACUUGACCAGAGAGCUGUGAUGGAACGGCUAGAAGGAGAAAAGAGACAGCAGGCAUUAGUUAUGAAUGAGCUGAAGAGCUGGUGCUUGUCAAAGAUCCAGAGUAUGGAGAAGCGCUUCACUGGGGACGGGAAGCUGCGCAGAUCCUCCUCCCUGGCCGACACCCUCUGUGAGGCAGAGUCCGAACGGUUGCCCACCCUGUCCAGAGGAAGUGCCCACUGCCUGGCCGGCACAACCCCGCCUGGCUCCAACGAGGGUGACCGUAACGCUCAUCCUGCUGCUCCUACUGAAGAGGCCUCGCCCAAACAUUACUUUGUGGUUCAGGUGGACAGUUCUCCAGAUGAAAAGCAGCCCCUACCUGAGUCCUCAUCUCAAUAUCAAAACAAGUCCCUCCCCUCAUCUCCUCGGGUUGUACGCCGCAAGGAGCGCUCGCUAGUCUCGGCUGACCCCCGGAGGCCACAUCCGGAAGUGCAGGAGGCGGACCAGCUAGAGCCGGGGCCCGGACCCAGUCGCAGCUCCGCUCGGGCCAGCAGCCUCUCCCCGGCCACAGAGCGCCGGUCCAGCAGCCGGCCAGAACCCGAGCGGGGCCGUAACGCUAGCCGCAUCUACAAGCGACACGGCCGAGGCAGGUCGAAAGCCAAGAGGUGUGCGGUGCCAAGUCCUGCUGAUGCGGCCCAGACACUUGAAGUGUUUGGGGACCGACCAUCAGAGCCCACUUUUGCACAGGAACGGGACAACAUGCAUGCGUUGGAGGUGACCCAGUACUUCUUUGAGGCUGUGUCCUCGCAGCUGGAGCGCUGGUAUGAGAGGAAGAUCCAGGAGGCUCGAUGGCAGGCCGAUCAGAGGGCGCAAGCAGACCGCGCAGCCCUCAUUGAACGCAUUAGCUACCUGGAGGAAGAGCUGCAGAUAUUAAGAACUAAUAAACAAGGGGAAAGUUAGCAUUCACAGGAGAUUGACUGACUUAACACCAUUCAUGAACUUCUCAAAGAACUGUCUAUACUUCCAGUUCAGCAAAAAAAAAAAAGUAGUGUAUGGAAGGACACCUCUAGCCUAGAUCCAGAGUGGCUUAAUAUCAAUUGUCAAAUUUCUUUGAAGGCAAAAACAAUUUAUGUAGGCCUUAAAUGGCUAUAAUAUGUCAAAUAUGAAAAGGAUGGCUUGAUAACUAUGAUCGGCUAUGUCAGACAGCUAUAAAGACACUGACACUCCAGAUAAGGACAUAUUGUUUGUACAUACAGUAUUUGUCAGUAAAUCCUCCAGUGCAGCACAGUUAUAUCAUGCCGGCUCACUCACUUAAGCUUUUACUGUUGAGUGAAUUUAUUAUUAUUUGACAGUCUAAAGGUAGAUUUCGGAAACUAUAAAGGACAAUUUAUGUACACAAGAAAUAUGUAUUAAAUGAAGUGUUCAUAUUGGGAGAUGUUUACAAGUAGCUACCCAUCUUUUCACCUAAAUCUUAAUAUAAGUUUGCUAUGACCACUGUGCAUGUUACUAUUCAUAGAAAGUGCUAUUGUUUUUUCUUGACCCCUUAAUGGUUACUUUCAGACAUGCCCAAUUGUUCUUGUGUUCAUGCUCCAGUUUCACAAUGAAAACCCUGGAACUGUUCUGUAGAUUUCUAAGUGGAGGCAGCCAACAUGACAGUGUCUUAACUGAAUAAACUUGACUUUUUAAAUGUUUGGAUAAGUUAGACAACUAGAGGUUCUGUCACAUAUAACCUCCUGUUUUGUGACCAACACUUAACCAUAGGACUUUCAUCAAAAUCUUAAGUUGCGACCCAAUACAGUCUUGCCUGCAUGUUACACAAAAGUGCUAUAGUGUUAGCAUUAAGAACCAUCUAGAACAGGGGUCUCGAACCUUUGACAAAAGAGCUACUUUGACAAAAUGGACAUGGCCGAGAGCUUUUAUAUUAGUAGUAACAUGCCAUGUAUUGACAUAGCUGAUCUCCACCCAAAACCGCUGAAUAAGAUUUGUAUGCUUUUUAAAGGUUCCUUUCAACUCAUGUACCUUCUCUCUUUGUAGACUGUGAAUUUGAUUUCAUAGAAAUUUUAACAUGUUUCCCAAGUGAUUGGGUUAUCACAUUUAUGAGCAUCUUCCUUAAACCUUUUGGAGAGCUACUUAGAAACCGGUGGGGAGCUUGCAAGCUACCUGUUGGAGACCCCUGAUCUAGAAGAUAUGCCAUGUUUCUGUCAUUGUCUGUAUACCGGUAUUCAUGUGGGAAUGGAUAUUUUCUGUAUUAUUAAACUCACAAUGAAUUACAGUUUUUAUAAAA